AUGGCAAUAGCCACAGAGCCUGCGCAGGCACCUAUCUCGGCUGAGCUACCGGGCAAUGGUGAUGCUGCAAAGAGCGAAGAGAAGGCUACAGAUAGUGUACCGAGGAAACCACGUCAGAAGCGACCAAAUUAUCAUGAAAUUCAUGCCAAGCCACUCCCAUUUGAUGUGUACCCGUUGCCGGCCUUCAUACCCCACAACCCCAUAUCCAUUGUGAGAAUCGCCAUUGCCCUGCUCUCGAGCUCAAUCUGGCCACCAAAGUCUCCUGCCAUAACUCACAGCGCAUAUUACUCGCCGGAGACGCAGUCGAUUCAUGUUACAGAUCCCGCAUCCAUACGUGCGCUAUGGGAACAGGGAUUCUGGGGCAAGGGCUCGCUCAGCAGAAGUGAACCGCAGUGGCUGGUUGCAGAGAAGCGGAAGAGAGGUGCUGAGGCUUCGAAGACUAGCGCUGAAGUGACACAAUCGAGACGCGAGGAACGAAGACAGUUCAAAUUGGAGCGGGCAAAGGCGCAACGGGAGGCCAUCGAGCAACAAUUACGGGAUGAAGGAAAGCUUGAUGCGGAUGGUACGCUCAAUGAUCUUGUCGAUGAUGGGCAGGUGUCUGAAUCACCACGAGGCACAAUUUAUACCGCUGAAGCCGGGGAUGUUGUGACUGUUACUGGGAACUCGAUCGUCUCCACAGUUGAUGCAACUCUCGCAGGUAAUGCGCUAUCUUGGGGUGAAAGCACUGCCCCCGCAGCUGAAGAGGACGACAUUGUGGACAUGGAACAUUUGCAGCUUACACCCGAAGAGGCUUUCUUCCUCUCGUAUGUGCUCGGCGCACUGGAUAUCAUCCAUAUCAGCGGGGCCGAGUUGAGCUCCUCUGGACAGCCAUAUCCGCCAUGGUUACUAUUACGAAUCUACUGCGCUUACGCUUCGAUUCCGCAUGAAGCUAAGGAUCUCGAAGGCCUGGCCACGAAUCUCCGGGCCGCAUACAACACUUUAGAGAGUGCUGCUUCUAUCGACACCGCUCUGACAUGUAUACCCGAGAUCUCUCCUGACAACCCUUUCAUGCUCAAGUACGUCGUCUACCACCACUUUCGCUCCUUGGGAUGGGUUGUCCGCCCUGGCAUAAAAUUCGCAGUCGAUUAUCUCCUCUAUUUGCGCGGCCCAGCGUUCACCCACGCCGAGUUUGCCAUCAUCAUUAUACCUUCCUAUUCGGAUCCGUACUGGAAGAACGCAGUCGAGGGUACUACAAGCAUGAAGGAUAAAGACUGGUGGUGGCUACACCGUGUAAACAGGGUGCAAACACAAGUCAUGAAGACGCUACUGCUAGUCUACGUCGAGGUUCCAGCUCCAUGGGACCAAAGGCACACAGGAGCCGACUUCAAGGUCGACAUUGGUAAUGUGCUGCAGAAGUACACAGUCAGGGAGUUUGUGCUGAAGAGAUGGAGUCCGAGCCGGAAUCGAGACUAA